CAUCAGCAGCAUGUGGAGGUUGCUCAUUCUCUCGCUGUGUCUUCUGACCACCCUAGCAGCCAAAUGUUCGUUGAAAUUUGCCAAAGGUCGGCCCGGUAUAUUUGUCCAGAAGUUCGGUUCAAACCGUAUCAUUCUGAGUGUGAAAGAUGGUGAAGUCUCUUGGGAUAAUCGUGCCAAAAUUGAAGGUUACUGUCCUGGCGGAUUUAGAAACUACGCGCGUCAUGGAAGUGACUAUCAGGCGCACCUUACAUUCUCAUGUACUAAUUCUCUUGAUGUACGUUAUCAGAGAGAUGAUAAUAACGGUGACAUAGCCAGAAACGAUGGGUCCCUAUCUUGUACCACAACGUCAAAAUAUUACGAAGUGCGAAUUCCUACUUGCAGUGGUUCUCGCUGA